UGAGGCUAACUCGGUGACAGACUCGGUGGAUUAUCCUAAAGCAGCGGAGGCCGUGCAACACAAGUGAGAAGAAGCGGAAAUCUCAUCCAUUAUUCACCGCCGAUUCGCCGGAAGUUCGGAGCCACCGUGUGUCCCGCUGGAGAAUGGACGGGGACUGUAAGGCUAAGAUCAUCUUCAUCCUCUUGUUUGCUUCAGCUUCGUCUCAUAGAUUUUGAGGACAGGACACGGCUCGUUGUUCAUGUAAGAGAUUUCAAAGCGGAGUUUGGUUCUCCCUUGUUUUCUUCCCAGAAUGGCUGUGUCGAUGCCCUGCUCGACGAGUCCAUAUUGUGGGAUUACGGUCAAUGAUUUGGUUGGUCCGGUGAAGGUGAAUCGUUCGAGAAGUGAAAAUUUUUUCAUACAAGGGUGGAAGAUUCAUACUUUGAAUGCUUUUCCAUUCGGGUAUGUGUUGAAUUGGAAGAAUAUCAUGAAUCGUUGCAGGCUUUCGACGAAACCUCAUGUGGAGGUUGCGAUUUCUUCCAUGGCGGGGAAGAAACCGAGAGCUGAGUUGUCUCCGGAUGAGGUUUAUAGGGUUCUGAGGACAUUCCCGGAAGCAGAAUCCGCCUUUUCAUACUUCAAAUCGGUGGAUGAGAAUCCGAAUUUCUGUCACUCUACUGAAACGUGCAAUUACAUGCUUGAAGUUCUGAGGGUUCAUGGAAAAGUGGAGGAAAUGGUGCAUGUGUUUGUUUUGAUGCAAAAAAGAAUCAUAAAGAGGGAUGUCAAUACUUUCUUGACAAUAUUUAAGUGUCUCUGCGUAAAGGGUGGAUUGCGCCUAGCUCCAUUUGCACUACAGAAGAUGAGAAAUUCCGGGUUUGUUUUGAAUGCGUAUUCUUACAACGGAUUGAUCCAUUUUGUUCUUAAAUCUGGGUUUUGUCUUGAGGCUUUAGAGGUUUAUAGAAGAAUGGUCUCUGAAGGGCAUAGGCCUAGCUUACAGACUUAUUCCGCGCUUAUGGGAGCAUUAGGAAAGAGAAGGGACAUCGAAGCUGUGAUGGGUUUAUUGAAAGAGAUGGAGAAUUUAGGGUUAAAACCAAAUGUUUACACAUUCACCAUAUGCAUCCGUGUACUUGGAAGGGCUGGAAAGAUCGACGAGGCAUACGGAAUACUAAAGAGAAUGGAUGAUGAAGGAUGUGGACCUGAUGUGAUCACCUACACUGUUCUUAUCGAUGCCCUUUGUACUGCUGGAAGGCUUGACUGUGCUAAGGAUGUUUUCCUAGAGAUGAAAACCGGAAGACACAAACCCGAUCGUGUAACUUACAUUACGAUGCUCGAUAAGUUCAGUGACAGUGGAGAUCUGGAAUCUGUGAGAAGAUUUUGGGUUGAAAUGGAGAUGGAUGGUUAUGCUCCUGAUGUAGUUACUUUCACCAUUCUCGUGGAUGCUCUGUGCAAAGUUGGGAAUUUCGGUGAAGCAUUUAAUACAUUGGAUUCGAUGAGGGAGCAAGGUGUCUCACCAAAUCUUCAUACUUACAACACGUUGAUCUGUGGGCUUUUAAGAGCAAACAGGUUGGAGGAUGCAAUGGAAAUUUUCGAUAAUAUGGAUUCUUUGGGGGUUGAACCAACUGCUUAUACAUACAUACUUUUCAUAGAUUACUAUGGAAAAGCUGGAGAUUCUGUCAGAGCUCUUGAGACUUUUGAGAAGAUGAAAGCCAGAGGGAUAGUUCCCAACAUUGUUGCCUGCAAUGCUUCCCUUUACAGUCUAGCUGACGCAGGAAGGCUCCGAGAAGCGAAGCAAAUCUUCUUUGGUUUGAAAAACAUUGGCCUUACUCCUGAUUCAGUAACCUAUAACAUGAUGAUGAAAUGCUAUAGCAAGGCUGGGGAGAUAGACGAGGCUAGUAAGCUGCUUUCCGAGAUGUUGGAAAAUGGGUGUGAACCAGAUGUGAUCGUCAUUAAUUCCUUGAUCAAUACCCUUUACAAAGCUGAUAGAGUAGACGAGGCAUGGCAGAUGUUUAAGAAAAUGAAGGAGAUGCAGCUGAAUCCCACUGUUGUAACUUACAACACUUUGCUCACCGGGUUAGGGAAAGAUGGAAAAGUCCAUGAGGCGAUUGAGUUAUUUGAGGGGAUGACAAGAAAUGGAUGCCCACCUAACACAAUAACCUUCAACACUCUCCUUGAUUGUCUUUGCAAGAAUGAUGAAACUAAUCUAGCUUUGAAGAUGCUGUUCAUGAUGAUGGAUAUGGGUUGUGUUCCAGAUGUUCUUACUUACAACACAAUUAUUUACGGAUUGGUGAGAAAUUGUCAAGUCAAAGAAGCAAUAUGGUUCUUCCACCAGAUGAAGAAACUAGUGUACCCUGAUUUUGUUACCCUUUGCACUCUUCUUCCUGGCGUUGUUAAGGUCGGUUUGAUUGAGGAUGCUUACAAAAUCAUCACUAACUUUCUUCAUCACCUUCGAGCCGAACCAGUCAUGCUUUUCUGGGAGGACUUGAUGGGAUCAGUCUUGGCUGAAGCUGGAAUAGACAAUGCCAUUUCAUUCUCCGAGAGAUUGGUCUCUAACGGGAUUUGUCAAGAUGGUGACUCGAUCUUGGCACCUAUUGUCAAAUUUUCAUUUAAGCUUGGCAAAGCCUCAGAUGCUCUAACGUUGUUCGAGAAAUUCACAAAAGAUCUUGGCGUUCAACCCGGACUUCGGAUCUAUAAUUUGAUAAUAGGAGGACUUCUUGAAGCCAAUAUGAUUGAACCAGCACUGGAGAAGUUCCAAGAAAUGAAGAACAUUGGCUGUAACCCGGAUGUCUCGACCUACAAUUUUGUACUUGAUGCUCAUGGAAAGUCGGGAAGAAUCGAUGAACUUUUUGUAUUAUACGAGGAGAUGCAUUCUCAGAGAUGCAUGCUCAACACAAUAACUCACAACAUUGUGAUAUCGGGGCUUGUAAAGUACAAAAAUGUGGACGAGGCCCUCGAUUUAUUCUAUGAUCUUGUCAGCGGUGGUGAAUUCUCUCCAACUGUUUGCACAUAUGGUCCUCUUAUCGAUGGCCUGGCUAAGUCGGGAAGACUGGAAGAAGCAACGGAACUCUUUGAAGGAAUGUCAGAUUACGGUUGCAGGCCAAACUGUGCUAUCUACAAUAUGCUUAUUAAUGGGUUUGGAAAAGCAGAUGAGGUUGACACAGCAUGUAAGUUGUUCAGAAGAAUGGUCAAGGAAGGGAUCAGACCAGAUCUAAAGACAUACUCUGUUCUUGUGGAUUGUCUCUGUAUGGUUGGAAGAGUGGACGAAGCCCUUCAUUACUUCAGAGAACUGAAGUAUUCGGGUCUUAAUCCUGACGUUGUCUGUUACAACCUAAUGAUAAAUGGGCUUGGGAAAUCUCAGAGACUAGAAGAAGCUAUGGCUCUAUUCAACGAGAUGAAGAACAGCAGGGGAAUCUCCCCCGAUCUCUACACUUACAACUCGUUGAUUCUGAAUCUGGGUAUCACCGGGAAAGUGGAGGAAGCCGGAAAAAUGUACGAAGAACUGGAAAAAACGGAUCUUGAACCAAAUGUUUUCACCUAUAACGCUCUUAUCCGAGGAUACAGUUUGUCGGGAAAUCCCGAGCACGCCUAUGCAGUGUACCAGAAGAUGGUGAUUGGAGGUUGCAGCCCAAACACAGGUACUUAUGAACAGCUCCCGAACAGAUCCUAGCAUUCACGGUGGUGGUCCAGAUGAAAUGUACAGAACAUAACAUUGUGUAAAUGCCAUACUGUUUCUGUAUCCAUACAUUUUAUGAUCUUUUUUUAGACAAAACAGUUCAACGAUA